AUGACGCGCUGUGGAGGCCCAGGCCACCCGCUUUGGGGACCUGGUUCUCCCCUCUCUUCUUGGGGGGAACCCGAGUCCACGUCUGGGUCCCGUUUCUUGGCAGCGGUGUCCAGUGAGAGCAGCGGGCGCCCCCUGGUGGAGCCGAGCCUCAGCCCAGGACUGGACCGAGAAGGGGCCCGGGAGCCGAGAUGCGUGGGGGUUCCGCGGGGAAGUUCUCAGGGUCUUCCCGAAGUCAGGUGCCCAGCCUGGGGAGAAAAGGGCGUGGACGCGGAAGAGCGGAGAGGAGCGGCCCGAACCGGAUCAAACAGGGCCCGAGACGCGAAUCCAGGCCACAGACGCCGGUGCUGCUUCCGGAACCUGGAGCCCCGAGCCCCGAGGCCGACUCCCACUGGGCGGCGCCGGUCCCAGGAGGGCGGCGAGGGCAGCUGGUCGCGCGGCGGUGGGACAGAGUUGAGGAUCCUGCCAGCCCCAGGCUCCCGGCCGGAAAGUGACAGCCAAGCCUCACUCCAGGUCUGGAACCCCAGCGCCCAACCGGGACCACCAACACCGAUCUGCUCGCGGCCUCUGGACCCUAGAGAAAGGCGGGCCGCCCAUUUCCAGGGUCGACCCCAGCCUCCCCGCCCCCCCCUCCCCUGGUCAUUCUCCCUAGGCCCCGCCCACUCCCCUCCCCCUCCCGGCUCCUUCAGCCCCGCAGGCCCUGCUCAGGGCCCCAUCCCUCCGGGUUCUCGGUCCUUCUCCUAGACCCCCGCCCCAGCCGCCAGCCGCCAGCCUCCCAGGCCCUGCCCAUUCCCCGGGCCCCGCCCACCU